AUGAAGCUGAACGAGAGGAGCGUGGCCCGCUACGCCACGGGGCUCACCCCGGCCGACCACGCCGGCUUCCUGCAGCAGCGCGGCGCCGCGCCCGCCGGCCCCGGUGGCGCCGCCAACUACUACUACCGGCGCCGCUGGUUCGUCCUCAAGGGCAACCUGCUCUUCUACUUCGAGGAGCGGGCCAGCCGGGAGCCCCUGGGCCUCAUCGUGCUGGAGGGCUGCACGGUGGAGCUCUGCCAGGCCUCCGACUUCGCCUUCGCCGUGCGCUUCGACCGCGUGCCCGGGGCCCGGCCCUACGUGCUGGCGGCCGACGGGCCCGGGGCCCUGGAGGCCUGGCUCAAGGCCCUGUCCCGGGCCAGCUUCGGCUACAUGCGGCUUCUGGUGCGGGAGCUGGAGAGGCAGCUGGAGGAGGCCCGGGCCCGCUCCCCCGGCCGGGGGGCCGCCCUCCGCCGCUCCGCCGCCCGCCGGGCCCCGGCCCCGGGCCGGGAGGACGCUUCCGCCGGCCGUCCCGAGGCGGGGGGGAUGACGGGCGACCCUCUUCCUCCGCCUCCCCCGCGGCGCCCGCCGGGCAGCGGCCCCUUCCCCGGUUUGGGGGACAGCCCCGUGUCCCCGGAGACGGCCUGCUUCGCCAGGCUCCACGACUGGUUCGGGCAGGAGAUGGCCCAACUGAGACGGGAAUGGGGACGGACCCAAAGUCGGGGGCACCGGGGCGGCCCGGCGGGUACCCCUCCGCCCCCCUGACUUUUACGGCCCGGGCCUCCCACCGCUGCCCCGUCCGCCCGCCCC